AAAAAAGCCAAUGUCAUCAUAAGACAUCAAUUGAAAAUUGCAUUAAUGAGUUUUAUCUAUACCUAUUAGUAGACAAAGUGCGUUUAGCAUUAAUUCCAUUUUCGAUACAAUCAAUACAAACUAGUGUAACGCACUGAAUUUUUCGCUUUAAUUUCAUCAUCAAUUCUUGUUGUUACUUAGUAUACACGGUGGAUAAGGUUAAGCGAUUGAAUUAGGGAAUAAAAUAUAAAAACGAAAAACAAAAAAGAUGAUUUCAAAAAUCGGUAGCGUGAUUUGCAUUUGCUUUGUAAUCAGUUUGUUCGCUAUUGGCGGCGGUUCAGGUGAAAAAGAAAUUCCGCAAAUGGCCAAAUUUCGGCCAACAAUGAAAUUCCUCUACUGUUAUUCAUGCGGUUACCGGAAAGCAUUCGAAGAAUAUACAACUAUAAUUACCGAGCGUUAUCCACAAAUAUCGAUUGAGGGUGCUAAUUAUGAGCCGUCUGGCAUCAAUUUCCUGUUGUCCAAAUUUAUUUUAGCAGCGAAAAUGAUUUUCAUUCUGAUCAUUGUGUCGCAGUAUGAUAUUUGGGGUCAACUCGGUCAAGCCAUCCCUCGGUGGUUCACAUGGUGCACGGAAAACAAGAUUUAUGCCUGUAUGAUGGUAUUCUUCGUUGGCAAUAUGCUUGAAGCUCAGCUGGUGUCAUCGGGUGCCUUUGAAAUUAGUUUGAACGACAUUCCAAUUUGGUCGAAACUGGAAACGGGACGCAUCCCAUCACCGCAGGAACUAUUCAACAUCAUCGAUAAUCAAAUUAAAGUAUUUGCUAAUGCUCUGCCGAGUGAUUUUGAUCAGUAAAGUCACAGCCACGAUUCAAAGCAAUCCUAAUCGACUAGUCUUUUGAUGGUGGUCCUGCAAACAGAAUCCUCAACGCAUGAAUGAUGUAAAUAAAAUCAAAGCAACACGAAUUCAUUCAUCCAGAAACUCAUAAUAAAACCGUUGAAUAAUAAGGGCAGCCGUUAAAUAAACCGAGUAAAUGAGAAAGAGAGAUAGAGAGAAGAGGAAAAGGUGUAUUUAGCCAAAGUGCUUUUUGGAUCCAGUAAUCGAACAAACAAUAAACAACAAACAAUUUAAUACAAUAGAAUCGAGAGUUUCAAUUUCCUAAAUAAUGAAGAGAAAAAAAAUAACAGAAGAAAAUCAUUUUCUAGAUAGUAGCACAUUUCCGACUAAAUAAUAAAGACUUCUUUUUGAGAAUUGAUUUUAAGAUAUGUAAUCCGAAUGAAUUUGGAAAUUGAAUAUUCAUUAUGUUUUACUUGAUGGAAAUAAAAUUUGAGAUCGAAUAUUCACCAUUU